AUGCCAAAAGAAGUCAACUUGUCUGCGGAGCAGGCGGUGCGAUUUGUCCAGGAGUCACUGCAGGACCAGGGUGGGGUCCUAUCAGACCAUGAGGUGCAGGCUCUCAUGGCAGACCUCGGGGCCCCAGAGACCUACGACAAAGAGUCGCUGGAGCGCUUGCUGGAGGGCGCGCUGCGUCGUUGGGCGCAGAAGGACCUGGCUGGUGCGACGGCCACGGUGCUGAGCGUGAACCAGAUGGGCUUCAAGGAGGACCUCCAACAUCUCCAAGACCAGGUGCAGGCGUUGCGCGCCGCUCUGGAUGUUUUCAUGAACGCCUCCAGCUUUGCUGAGGCUCAGGCCAGCAUGCAGAAGUUAUGGAAAUCGAAGCCGAAGGACGACAAGAAUCCUGCGACGGACUCCGCUGAAGCACAGGUGCCCCCCACCAAGCAUGAGUGGAGCGACUUCACCUACCAGAAGGCGUUCGAGUUGCUGGAGGGCGAAAAGCACCUGAAAGACUGGCAGGGCAAGAGCCAAGAGCUCAGCCAGGAACAUGCCAUCAAUCCGGAGGUGGAGGCCUUCAUGAAGAGGACGACGCGGAGAGCCAGGAGCCUGAAACUCAACUACCAGCCCUACAUGAACUCGCUUGAGGAGCUGUAUGCCUUCCACAUCGACAGGAAACGGCCUUUCGACAAGAUCGUGAACAGAAUAGCCACGGAGACGGACGGCAAGCCGAUCAUUCCGGGCAUGAAGGGCAUCGAGAGAUGCAAGACGAAAGCCGCCUUCAAGUACGCAGACGCGGGAGGCGUGGCUUGGUAUCGCUUGACGGACAUCGUGCGGGCCACGAUCCUUUACAAGUCCAUUCCUGACAUGUACAAAGGCUUGGAGGCGGUCUGCGCAGACAAGACAAACAUCCAGAUUAUCGAGUUCAACGACAGAUACCAAAAGGACUUGGACGGCUACAGGGACCUGCAGCUGACCAUCAGCAUCGAGGGCAUGGUCUGUGAGCUGCAGCUGAACACCGACGUCAUGGCCUACGUGAAGGAGCACUCCGGCCACAGGGACUUCGAGGUGCGCCGGGAGCUGCUGGCCGCAGUGGCCGAGCUCAGCCCGGAGCGCUGCCAAGCCAUCUUGGCGUGGGGCCAAAAGAACCUGGGCCAGCAGGCCGACGAAACUCUCAAAAAGAUUCUGAACGACCGGAAGACCCCGGUGCUGCACCAGGCCGCCCGGAGCGGCAGCGCGGCCCUGGUCCGCAUUUUCCUGCAGUUUGCGGCCGACAUCAACCACCGAGAUCCCAAAAACCGCACGGCCCUGCACGAGGCCAUGGCCGGCGGCCACGAGCGUGCCGCCUGGGCGCUGCUCUCGGAGAAGGACGACCAGGGCCGGCCGCUCGCACAGCUGGCGCUCGAGGACCACGAUGGCCUCACACCUCUGAUGCAUGGCCUGCUUGCGGCGCGCGCCGCCGCGGAUGGGACGGAUGGGCAGGCUGCCUUCAAUGCAGUUGCAGUUCUGGCGCAGCUCUCCGAAAAGGAGAGUCUAGUGGAGCAAGAGAAGAAACUUAAGGAGCUUGUCAAGGAGAAGCUGCUGGUCCAAAGGUCGGAGCUCAUCGCCGCGGCCCGGGAUGGCCACCCACGCGAGGUGCGAAGGUGGCUGGGGAAGCUCGCAAAUCCCAACAUUAUGGAUAGCAGCAGUGUGGACCCGUUGAGAGCAGCGAUGACCGGCCACGCCAGCAACUCCGAGGAUGUGGACCAAGUCGUUGAGCAGCUCUUGGAUUUCCAAGCAAACCCAAACGCUGACCCUCUAAAUGGAAGAUCCCCCUUGGGCGAAGCCAUUUUUCAGAACCGAUGCCGAUGCGUCCAGUUGCUCAUCCAGUUUGGCGCGCUGCCCCUGGGAUUUCCGGCUUCGCGGCUGUCGCACUAUGUGCCGGAAGCUUUGCUAACUGCCCAGUGCCAGCCGACCAUACUACAUGAGAUCCUAUCAAAGUUGCCAAUUUUCGCGUGGUGGCACGAGAGCAUUCCGGUGAGUAAGCUGUUGAACAUCCGACUGGAGGCCUGUGACUCAGGCGACCGCAAUAGCCACAGCAGGCUCCAGGCACUGCACGAGUUUGCAGCAACCUUGCUGCUCGAUGCGACUCCUGAGCUUCAGAUCAGCUUCCUUUGCGUUCUCCAAGUGGUUUUGCAGACUGGCCUCUCGCCAGAGAGCAUCCAAGUCCUUCAACGCAGUCCGGUUGUGAGAAAGGUUGUGGACGACCUCAACGAAGUCCAUGUUGUCAAGGAACUGGCGGGUGCGGAAGCUGAAAAAGUUUUCUCAGUUGCUUUUUCCGAGACUCAUCUGGCAAGCGGAAGCGCAGACGAGAAGGUGCGCGUCUAUGAUUCCGAAAAGUUCGAGCUAGUCAAGGUCCUGGAUGAUGCGGGCGGCAAAGUUUUUUCAGUUGCUUUUGCAGAGACUCAUCUGGCAAGCGGAAGCGCAGACGCGAAGGUGCGCAUCUACGAUUCCGAAAAGUUCGAGCUAGUCAAAGUCCUGGAUGAUGCGGGCGACUGGGUUAGAUCAGUUGCGUUUUCAGGGACUCACCUGGCAAGCGGAAGCGAUGACAAGAAGGUGCGCAUCUACGAUUCCGAAAAGUUCGAGCUGGUUAAGGUCCUGGAUGAUGCGGGCGACUUUGUUAGAUCAGUUGCUUUUUCAGGGACUCAUCUGGCAAGUGGAAGCGAUGACCAGAAGGUGCGCAUCUACGAUUCCGAAAAGUUCGAGCUAGUCAAGGUCCUGGAUGAUGCGGGCAAGGCCGUUUUCUCAGUCGCUUUUUCAGAGACUUAUCUGGCAAGCGGAAGCGCAGACGCCAAGGUGCGCAUUUACGAUUCCUGCGAGUUCGAGCCAAUCAAGGUACUGGAUGUUGCGGGCCAAUCUGUUGUAUCACUUGCUUUUUCAGAGAUUUACCUGGCAAGCGGAAGCGAUGACGAGAAGGUGCGCCUGUACGACCUUCGCGAUUUCCAUUGUUUUCAGGACUUGAGAGGAUCUGUCGCCGCUUUCUCAGGGGCAAGGCUGGCAAGUGGGGGAGUGAAGUUGGCCACUAUUUACAAACUGGACACGGACAUGACAAUCAGCGGCUCACCGAUUGCCAGCGCGAGUGCAUGCAAUCUGGCCUGCGCUGUAGCGGAGCAGUAUGGGCAUGCGACUGGAAAAGACUUUUCAGACAAGCUUAGCAUCGAGUAUGUUCACAAGCUAGGGAAUACUGCGAGUGUGCGGGCGCUUGCCUUUUCAGAGACUCAUCUGGCAAGCGCAAGCGAUGACCAGAAGGUGCGCAUCUACGAUUCCGAAAAGUUCGAGCUAGUCAAGGUCCUGGAUGCGGGCGAGGUCGUUUUUUCAGUUGCUUUUUCAGGGACUCAUCUGGCAAGCGGAAGCGCACACAACAAGGUGCGCAUCUACGAUUCCGAAAAGUUCGAGCUAGUCAAGGUCGUGGAUGAUGCGGGCGGCAAAGUUUUUUCAGUUGCUUUUUCAGGGACUCAUUUGGCAAGCGGAAGCGAUGACAAGAAGGUGCGCAUCUACGAUUCCGAAAAGUUCGAGCUAGUCAAGGUCCUGGAUGAUGCGGGCGACUUUGUUAGAUCAGUUGCUUUUUCAGGGACUCAUCUGGCAAGUGGAAGCGAUGACAGGAAGGUGCGCAUCUACGAUUCCGAAAAGUUCGAGCUAGUCAAGGUCCUGGAUGAUGCGGGCGGCUGGGUUAGAUCAGUUGCUUUUUCAGAGACUUUUCUGGCAAGCGGAAGCGGAGACGCCAAGGUGCGCAUCUACGAUUCCGAAAAGUUCGAGCUAGUCAAGGUCCUGGAUGAUGCGGGCGGCUGGGUUAGAUCAGUUGCUUUUUCAGAGACUUUUCUGGCAAGCGGAAGCGGAGACGCCAAGGUGCGCGUCUACGAUUCCGAAAAGUUCGAGCCAAUCAAGGUCCUGGAUGAUGCGGGCGACGCCGUUUUUUCAGUUGCCGUUUCAAAGGCUUUUUUGGCAUUUGGAAGAAAAGCCAAUGACUUUUCCAGAAGUCUAGCAUUGUACGACAUUAGCAUUUUCGACAACUUGAAGAUUCUGCAAGGCAUGGUGUCAGCUGCCUAG